AUAAGUGCGUAGGGCAUAUGGGUGGGUUUGAGAGGUUGGAUUUACGGACGUUUAUCAUUCUCCCCAAAGCAGCAUACGAGGAGACGUGAACGGACGAUCCAGGCUAGAAGUCGCAACUAAACCCUCAAGCAUCCAGUGAGUUGCCAAUUUGAGGGAACCUCCUAGCCAAGAGGAUCAUGGGAGGAGCCGUGGUUGAUGAUGAGCCUAGUGAUGUGAAAGCGCCAGAUGGAGGAUGGGGCUGGGCUGUGCUAGUUGGAGGAUUCGUCAUAACUGGGUUCUCCUACGCCUUCCCCAAGGCUGUCAGUGUGUUCUUCAAGGAGCUGAUCAAGGAGUUUGGAGUGGGAUACAGCGACUGUGCAUGGAUUUCUUCUUUACUGCUGGCAAUGCUCUAUGGCACAGGUCCACUUUGCAGCGUGCUGGUGAAUAGGUUUGGGUGUCGGCCUGUGAUGAUGGUGGGAGGGCUGUUUGCCUCCUUGGGAAUGAUCCUUGCAUCCUUGUCCACCAGUAUCAUACACAUCUACCUCUGUACUGGAGUUAUAACAGGUCUGGGCCUGGCGCUAAACUUCCAGCCAUCUUUGAUCAUGCUCAACCGUUACUUCAGUGAGAAGAGGCCCCUGGCUAAUGGACUCGCUGCUGCUGGGAGCCCUGUUGCCCUCUGCUGCCUUUCUCCUCUAGGACAGGUGCUGCAGUCAAACUUCGGUUGGCGAGGCGGUUUCCUGAUCAUGGGGGGCCUGCUUCUCAACUGCUGUGCCUGUGGGGCCCUUAUGAGGCCCCUGGUGGGCCCCAAGAAGCCCCAGAAACAGGAAUUGCAGUCUGCUGAAGUGGUGGAAAAAAAGCCAGUACCUAAGAAAAAGCUCCUGGACUUCAGUGUAUUUAAAGACCGAGGUUUCCUAGUCUAUACCAUAGCUGCGUCCAUCAUGGUACUGGGUCUGUUUGUACCGCCUGUGUUUGUGGUGAGCUAUGCCAAGGAGUUGGGAAAUGAAGAUACCAAAUCUUCCCUUCUCCUCACCAUCCUGGGGUUCGUUGACAUCUUUGCCCGGCCCACGUGCGGGCUGAUCGCGGGGUUGAAGUGGGUCCGGCCCAGAUGUGUGUAUUUGUUCAGCUUUGCCAUACUAUUUAAUGGCAUCACUGACCUUGUGAGCUCACAGGCGACCGACUACCCCGGUCUGGUUGUGUUCUGUAUUUUCUUCGGGCUUUCAUACGGGAUGGUGGGGGCGCUGCAGUUUGAGGUCCUCAUGGCCAUCGUGGGCACCAAGAAGUUCUCCAGUGCUUUAGGACUGGUGCUGCUCAUGGAGGCAGUCGCUGUGUUGGUGGGACCCCCUGGAGCAGGUCGCCUGCUGGAUGCCACCCAUAACUACAUGUAUGUGUUCCUACUGGCCGGCUGCGAAGUCACUUUGGCCUCCAUCGUUAUCUGCAUGGGCAACUUUCUGUGCAUCAAGAUGAAGCUAGAUGAGCAUGAGGUCCACCUGGAGAAUGGAGCCCCUGCAGUAGUUGAGGAAAACAGCCUGCAGGUGGCGGAGGCUGGAGAGGGGGGGAGAGAGAGCAGCCUGAGGAGGUGAGAAUUGUCUCUGAAGACUCACGACAUGAAGCCGAGAUUAACUGAGGGGUUGGAAGUCCCUAGACGACUCUGAUGGAAGGAAAGAGAGAUGGGACAUUUUUAAUAGUUCAGAGAUACCAAUGAGCUUUACUAAUGGGGUCCGCCAUGAGUGUAACGACCUGGCUGUCUGAGGGAUAGGGGGAGAUGGAUUCUGGUGUGCUGUAUGUGUGUUUGGUGUUGUUGUCGUAUCCUAAAUGCACUGAGCAGUAGGCACAGUUUCCGAUGUUUUCCAGAAGUCCACACACACACACACAGACUUGCAUACACUCAAGCUAACACAGAACUGUGAAUUACACAAUGCUUGUCACUGGCUGACUCAGCAGUUGUUGAUUCAGAGAAGAGUGACGAACAAAUUUAUUGACCGUAUAUUUCAACUGUGAAAGUAUUUCUAAAUGAAGACUCACUCCAGUGAUGAGACCGUAUUAAGUUCUCCUUUACUAGUAUUCUGAAUAGCUGACUUCCUGGGUUAGGCUUCUACCACUUAGACUACCAUGGGGGGGACUACCAGUUAGACUACUUGCCAAUUUGUUAUGAGAGCAUCUUCCUUUGUUAAAAAAUUUCACUAAUUCUUCCUAAAGAGAUUAAUAUAUAUAGCUAGUACUUGUAUAUUGGUUCCCAUUGAAAGAUCAAACCAAUUACUAUACUCUAACAACUGCGCCACACAUUGUAUUUGGCUUGGAAAUGGGGAGUCUCCUGUAUGAUUCCUAACACACACACACACACACACACACACUAAUUUCCGAAGUCUUUUACACCAUGCACUACUAGGAUAAAGAUAUCGAUUGCUUCUUGUGCCUUUUUAAUAUUUUAAGACCUUUCAAUGUUUGUCUUCCAAAAGGACUGUUUGCAUAAUGGAGAAUUUGCUUAAUUUUGAGCGCAUUCAAAACAUUUAAUGCUGUGUUUGUUUCAAAUACCAAGUGUUUAUGUUCUGACUACUGAUUAAGAAAUAUUCUGUUUUAAAGAUCUGUUAAUAUUUUUGCUAAUCUACAGAUAGGGACUAUACAAAUACUUGGGAGUACGCAAAUCUUGCAUUUGGGAUGUUUCCUACAUGAACCAAACCCUGCACCACUGUCUAUCUCUACAUCUGAACAUGGAGACCACUUUACUGGUGGUCUCAAUGUACACACCAGUGUAAUGUAUGUAAUACGUAGGAAUACCUAUUUCUAGUGCCUUAAACCUGAGACAUUGGCAUUAGAGUAUUCUAUGAAAUAAACCUAUGGGGUAUAGAAAUGACUGCUGCAGUCUCUCCAAUGCUGCAGUCACUCUUACAAUACUAAUGUCACAACUUUUCCAUUAAUCCCAGCCAGACACUUGAACUGUGUAGUCACUAUUAUUACAUCCAGUCCAGUGUGUGUUGGUGUUCAGUAUCUGUAUUUAUGCAUAUUUUGUCUGUGUGCAAUAUUUUCUUUUUUUUGGAGGGGGGUGGUUAAUGAAUUCUGUCGCUGUGCUCAAAGCUGCUACCAUAUAUGUUGUCUGUGAGCACUCUGCUGUGUACUUGCUGAAUGUACAAGUUAUGUGUGGAUUGAUUCAAUGCCUAUUUCUUCACUACAGGCAUUUUGUUGUCAUGUUACUGUGUAGAAAGUUUAGAAGGGUUAUUUUAAAGCUUAAUAAAGACUUUUUAGAUGCUCCUCGCAUCUGACACCAA